AUGGAGGGCGAGGUCCUAGAAGAAGACACGCUGCUGUGGCAGCUCAGGGACAGUCGCCGCCGCUUCCAGAGCCGCAUGCAGGAGCUGAUAGAGAAGUACAACCAGCCCUUUGAGGACGCCCCGCUGGUGCAAAUGGCCACGCUGACCUACGAGACGCCCCAGGGAUUGAGAAUUUGGGGUGGAAGACUAAUAAAGAAAAGAAACAAAGGACAAAUCCAGGACUCCCGUGGGAAGCUGGCUGGCAGGAUGGAUGGCCCUGUGCAAGCUACAGCCCAAGGUCAUGAGCUGCCCCAGCGUCACACACAGGUCCUGAGAGCCGGUUCAAAAAGCAGUGGUGGUGACGCAACUUCAGACCAAGAAGAUCCAGUUGCUUGGAUCUUAACGCCUGCAGUGCCUCAGAGCCCUUUGAAAAAUGAGUUAAGAAGGAAAUACAUGACCCAAGUGGAUAUACUGCUACAAGAAACAGGGUGUCUUAAGUGUGAAGGUAACAGAGAUGGAAAGGACACACAUGUGACCCUGGUCUCUCCACUGGCCUCACCUGCCACGCCUGCCCCUGGAUCCUAUUGUAGUGUCUCUGGAAAGAGCACUGCUAACCCAGCAAAGCCAGCUUCCUCUCCCAGAGAGUGGGAUGCUUUGCAUCCUUGCUCAACGGACAUGGCCAUAGUACCUAGAAAUGACAGUCUCUCAUUAGGAGAGACCAGUAGUAAAAGCUUCUUAAGCAGCCAGUCCUUCGAGGCUGAUGACAUGUGCAACCUGACCAUCAGCGACUUGUAUGAGGGUAUGCUGCACUCAAUGAGUCGGCUGUUGAGUACGAAGCCAUCAAGCAUCAUUUCCACCAAAACAUGCAUCGUUCAAAACUGGAGCUCCAGGAGGAAGUACAAGUGUAAGAACAGAUUGAACAAAACAUAUUGCAAAGGAGGCAGACAGUCUCAGAGGAGUCCCAAGGAGAGAUUUCUACCCUGUUCUGAGCCUGCAAGAGAGAGAGCAGCAUUAAGAGAUUGGGAGAACUUAGUAGAUGUUUCUUACCAUAAGACAGGUUUAAAAUCGGGAAAAUCUUUUCUUGAAGUAAACAAACCCCAAAUCUGUAAAUUAGAUUCAAGUUGGAAGGAGCUUAAAGUGUUGCCCCAGAAGUGUUCUUCAACUUAUUUAUACUCCAGUGCAAUUCAUUACUUUGAUCAGGAAGAUAGAUUAAUAAAAUUAAAAUGGUUAAUUUCUCCUGUAAAAAUGGUUUCCAGACCAGGGGGUCAUGGAGCGAAUAGCUAUAAGGAGAUUGAUAUUAAAUUUAAUAAGCUUCAUCAGGAGUAUUGCUUGAGUCCCAGGAAACAACCUUGCCUAACUGGCCUCCAGGGCUCUCGGGCAGUGGACGUGUACAGAGGGGGUCGUACAAGCCCUGGUGGCCUGUGGGGCUUAGAAACCCACAGGCUGAGUUUACCUUUCAGUAAAGCAAAAGCAAGAAGGUUAAAUGAAGCUUUUGAAAACCUGGGCAAAAGACCUUUGGACGCAGAUGGAUGCCUGUCAAUGAGUGAUUCCAUUUCCCCACUUUUCAAGACCGACCCCACUCAGAGCCCAGGCCACUCUCAGCAGACUUCUGACCUUCUCAUUCACAGAAGCAGUUCUGGGCUACUUAGAAAGUCACUGUCACCCAGCAAGGCUAUUUCCUUACCGAGGAUAGAACCUCUAGGCUAUGGAAGGAAUCGUUAUGAUGAAAUUAAAGAAAAAUUUGACAAGCUUCAUCAAGAGUAUUGCCAAAAAUCGCCUCAGCAGAUGAAGACACCUUUACGUGUUAAAGUGUCCCCAAAUAAAGCAAGAGUGGAAGUUCUGUAUGAAACAGAAGACUUGGUAACAAAGUUAAAUCCAGACUCUCACUUCCGUGGCUUCCAAAAGCUUUCAUCAUCACCCCCGUGGCACAUACGAAGUCCCCUGGGCUCACCUGCAGCUGGGGUUCAUCCGUACACGUGUGUGACUCUCACUGCCAGGAAGGACCAUCAGCUCCCAGCAAAAAGGCGCAGGUUAUCAGACCCCCAGGUGUGUGGACACUGGGCCGAUUCCUGGGAUUCCUCAGAUGAAGUGGACGAAGCUGUCCCCAGACCAGGAGAGCAACUCAGCUCUGCACAGCCCAACUGGGAGGAGAAGAGAAAGAACACAUUUUCCUGGAUGGAAGAGAAGAGUGAUUUUGUGUUAGGAAAAUUCAAAGCUAAAAAUGUGUAGCCAGGAUAUUUUGGAGCGUUGUCCCUCUUCCCCCUUGCUGUCUGUUUUUUGCUGUUGUUUUUUCAGUUCUCAAGAAAAUGUGAGAAUUUGGUUGACUUAUCUGCCCCUAAAGCAAACUUUAGUGAAAUUGGCUCCAUCAGAGAUGACUCUGAGUUCCUGUGUAUGGAAAUCAUGUGAAUCAAGUUGCUCAAUUAAAAUUCAUAAUGUUA